GCCGUAUCCAUCGCACAAUCGUCAUAUUAUUUUGCUCACACCAUUUAUUAAGAGAAGCCAAAUAGGUUUCGACGACGCCUCCCUUCAUAAGUUGUUAUUAAAUGCCGCACAUGCGCAGUUGUGACCAUGUAAUUUCUAUUUGGCUCAGCAAAUAUCCUGAAGCGUGCUUUCUUCAUGCUGCUUUGUCAUUAUUCUUCCCAGCGACUCGUUUGAAAGCAAAAGUUAAGGUGAGAACCUUCCAAGUCCUUGUAGUUUGAUCCACAUGAUCUGCAGUGAUGGCAUCAGUGGAGAAGCCAGAUGCAGAAACACAUAAGUCACAUUCAACGACAUCAUCCUCUAAGUCUGCUCCAGUCAAGCCAAACUACUCCUUGAAGUUUACUCUCGCAGGCCACACAAAAGCUAUAUCUUCUGUGAAAUUCAGCCCUAGUGGUGAAUGGUUGGCUAGUUCAUCGGCAGACAAGCUCAUCAAAAUAUGGGGUGCUUAUGAUGGAAAAUUUGAAAAGUCUCUCGCAGGACAUAAACUUGGAAUAUCAGAUGUUGCCUGGUCCUCAGACUCAAACCUUGUGGUGUCUGCAUCAGAUGACAAGACACUAAAGAUCUGGGACAUGAGUUUGGGAAAAUGUCUGAAGACACUGAAAGGCCACAGCAACUAUGUCUUCUGUUGUAAUUUCAACCCACAGUCAAAUCUUGUUGUUUCUGGAUCUUUUGAUGAGAGCGUCCGGAUUUGGGAUGUAAAAACUGGGAAGUGUCUUAAGACUCUGCCAGCCCACUCUGACCCAGUCUCAGCGGUUCACUUUAACAGAGAUGGCUCUCUAAUAGUAUCCAGUAGCUAUGAUGGUUUAUGUCGAUUGUGGGACACUGCAUCUGGACAAUGUCUGAAAACUCUUAUUGAUGAUGACAACCCUCCUGUCUCGUUUGUGAAGUUUUCUCCAAAUGGCAAAUACAUUCUAGCUGCAACACUGGACAACACCUUAAAGCUUUGGGACUACAGCAAAGGAAAGUGCCUUAAAACGUAUACUGGCCAUAAGAAUGAGAAGUAUUGUGUGUUUGCCAAUUUUUCUGUGACUGGUGGAAAGUGGAUUGUCUCAGGCUCUGAAGACAACAUUGUGUAUAUUUGGAACUUGCAGACCAAAGAAAUUGUGCAGAAAUUACAGGGCCACACAGAUGUAGUGAUCUCGACAGCUUGUCACCCUACUGAGAACAUCAUUGCAUCUGCAUCCCUAGAGAGUGACAAGACCAUCAAACUGUGGAGGAGUGAUCGCUAAGUUAAAGCGCAGUACUUCAAAGACUUUUGUUGAAGUUUUCAGAGCGGUAACUUGAUUGUGUUUCUUUUACAAUGCUUUGGAUAGCACAUAAAGGGUUAUCUGACAGAUGGGCAGGUCCUAUCUGCUCCGAAUAGUGACAAUCUCACGCAUCUUUAAGCCUUCCUCUUCUUAAUGUACUUUGACUGAAAUGACCUAUCUUUUCACUUUACCUUAAUUUAUUAUUGAAGAGUAAACAUUUUCUAUCAAAUCUAGUGUUUUAUUGAUUUGGGUGAGGAUGGAUGUACUUAUGGUAGACAUACCAAAAAUGAAAUGCUGUAAGUUAUUUUAUUUUGUUCAGCAAGACUUUUUUGCUGUUGCAUGUUUGCCUUUUGUUUUUAAGUGUUUGCAAUUAUCCAAUAUUUAUGUAAUCGAGAAAUGUCUCUAGAAAGCUUUAAUUGUUUUUAAGCAUUAUUUUCUUAUAUUUCAGAUUUGAUACAUAAGUAGAAAUUUGCCUCUUCAGUUUCAAGGUUUGACUUUGAUGCAUUGAAGAAUUGGGUAAAUCUCCAUUUAAAUUCUUAUUUUUUCCCCUUUAUGUAAAUUAUUCAUUCACCUUUAACCCUGUGGAGUCCAUAGGAAUUUUCUUUCAACAAGACUUAAUAUGCUUUGUGAGAAGCUGUGAAGCACAUCUUAAGUUUAACAUUUUAUAUUAAUGGAUUGUUCUCAUGAUUUCUAAAGAAAACAACUCAGUCAUUUUUAGAGUUUGAAAUUUAAUAGUCUUUUGAACUGUAGACAUUAUAUAAUAGGACAAUACACAAUCCACCCUCAGUUUACCUUUAUAAAAAAAAAAAGGCCAUCCUUAGCUCUCAGGCGAGGGUACGAUGAAAGAAAAAUGGCAGAGGAACGGAGAAGCCUUUAUGUAAACUUUCCAUCAAUCCAGGUUUUGAGGGUAUGGCUCCACUUUAAAAUUAAAACUUAGACCAACAAUUUUUACAACAAAGAACUGAAGAAAUAGUGAUAUUGCGAUAAAAUGACACUUUGUACCAAAACAGAUAACUCUUAAAAUGCAUCUCUUUCAUGUAUUGCUGACAUUGCUGUGAUGAGUUGGUGUCUCACAGGGAAUUAUUGCAGACUGGUGAAAGAUUUAGAGAAAAUGAUGUCUGACAGCGGGCACAUAAUUAUUGUAGCAGAUAUCUGAUAAGAUGUGCCUGGCUCCUGAUGGUCUAAACCCUGUUUUACUAGUCCCACACGGUGCACCCCCAAACCCAAGAAUGCUUAACAGUGAGCCUGUUUUUUUUUUUUUUUCCUUUCCUUUUUUAUACCUCAGUAAGGAAUAUUUUAUUAUUUUCUGCACAUUCUAAACAUGCUUGAUUUGAAGUCAUGAAAGGCCCACAAGAUAUAAAAACAUUUAAAGCGGAACAACCAAACAUAAUUCCAUAUAUCUUCCUUAAUGGUUGAUUAAAAUUUCUACUUGGUCAAAGCAUAAGAACAUUUGACCAUUGAUAAGGUUAGGUCCUGUAUAACAAUCAUGUAAGCAGUACAUGCUGCUUAUAUGCAUUUUAGACAAUGCCCUAUUGUCAUCAUGUUGUAUGGCCCAUAAAGUAUGGACUAUUGCCAGAAUGUGUUGUCUAAAUAAAUCAGUAGGUCCUUUGCACUAUGACCGCUAAUAAUUAAUUAAUUAAAAGGAUACUUUACUCAAAUAUAAAAAUUCUGUCCUCAUUUACUCACUCUCAUGUCGUUCCAAACACUUAUAACCUUCUUUCUUCUGUGGAACACAGACUUAAAUUCCAUUUUGUUCCUCAUAUGACUUAAGAAAACUCAGAAUAUAACACACAAGUAGAAUGGACCACUUUAUGACAAUUUGUAUGGUCCUUUUGCAACUUUUCCAUAAUUUUUGAAAGCUUCAGUUUCCAUUAAUUGUAACUGCAUGUAAAAAGACCAACCAGAACAUUCUUCAGAAAUUCUCUUUAUGUCACUUUAAUUAUGAAAACACUGGUUCAGAUUGGCUCAAUGUGCAAUUGAGGUUUCAUGCAUCAAUAGCAUUGGCAUUGUGAAAUCUGUAUUACCACUGAAUGUUUUUCCUUGUUAUGACAAAGAAUGGAGACACUGGACAAUAUAAGCAAAAAAAUACAAUAAAAAUACACAUUUGUAUGAACCUGA